GUUUAAAAAUAAAAUUUGGCACGCUCACUCACACAUGCGUAAUAUACCAUACAAACGACAAGAUCUCACUCCCACUAAUAAACCGUUUCCAUGUUGGUUUUCGCGGUAGUGAAGCGUCGUUGAACUUAUUUUCAUUUAAAACCUGUGUAUUUAUCUAUAAUUUUCUGUGUUUUUGUAUAUAUAUUAAAGCAGUGUGUUUUUGGCGUCUAUAAAUAUUAUCAUUACUUAUACGGCAAUGGAUUUUCAUCGUUGACAAGCCUGUGAAAAUAUCAUGGCGUGUCUGGGCCUAAUGCACUAGGCAGAUUCUCGUAACAAAAUAGGACUUUGCACAUAUCAUAUCGGGACGUUCUAUUUUCUGGUUAUUUUUUCAGUAUCAGUGUUGCAGGUAGGUCCGAUUGUGAUAUUUGGAAUAAUUGUAUCAUUUUGAGGUGUUAAGCAAAAAAGGAAAUUAAGUUUUUCGAUGUACUGAGUUUGAUAAUGUACCAGACAGACCGCCUAUCACCCAUUUUGUCUGAGUGCCUAUUACGUUCGCUGGACGUUGAAUUGGCAUAAUAAUGCCUCUUAUGCCAACCUAGCUAUAGUUUGACUAUUGCUACUCGACUACCGUGGUUUGGCGUUGUAUCACUCAUUUUUAUAUUCACCAAAUCCAUGAUUAGGCGAAAUUGUGAAAUACGAAAUUUUACAUAAUAUAUGUGAAAGUUGAAACAGCAUUUUAAAUGAGGGUGUUGAGCGCCUGAAUUGAUUUAAAAUGGAUGAGUCUGAGGAGAAUAUGAGUACUGAAGAUAUCAAUAAUGUUGACAGUCCUGUGUCUGUCAAAAUAAAACCUAAGAAGCGGUCGCUGGUUGAGCGAGAACUUGAAACUAACUUGACAGCCCGAGUGACAUCUCCUGUCACCGGCGAAGGCUCUAGCACCAGCAGGUACGGCCGGGCCCGUAAGCUCAAGGCUGCUUCAGAUAUGGAUGCAGAGAAAAUCAUGAAGCCGCUAAAAGUUGAUGUUUCUAAGCAACCGCAGGCAUAUAAGAUGCAUGCAUCUAAUUCACCGAUUAAAAAGGAAUCUCCUAAAAGAACAAUCUCAGUGGGUUCGAGCAUUGAAGAUCAGAUAGAGAACAUUUAUAAUGAGAACAUAUCUCUAAGCCGGUUUGGGUCCGAAGAGAAGGCUAAAUCUCAGUCCCCGGCCAAGAAAUUCAGCAAAGUUUAUAUCCGGAAGGAUCUAAUUCAGAAACCGGACACAGAUACUGUUGUUUUGAUUAAGAAUAUGUUUUCACCAAACAAAUCUAAUUCCCAUUUGAGCAAUAUCCUAGAAAGGUCAUCUGAGAAAUAUUCUUUAAACGGACAUGGGAAGGCUAUGAAUGGUUUUCCUGACACUUCUGCGGUUGUUAAAACAUUAGAUUUUGAUGGUAAAAAGAAAAACAAACAGGUUUCCCCUGCACAGCCAAUCAAAAAGGAAGUCAAAGAGAAAUUAUCUAAAGAAGUUAAAGAAAAAGUUAUAUUUAAAGAUGUAAAAGACAAGUUGGUGUCUAAGAAUGAGUUGUUUGAGCUGGAGGCAACCUGUAAUUACCAAGUCGGAGACUUGGCGUGGGCGAGGGUUGGCACUUACCCAUUUUGGCCAUGCAUUGUCACUAGGGAACCGUUUAGUGACACAUUUGUUAAGAAAAAAUUGUUUGGCCGCGUGGGGCGCUCAGUGAUCCAUGUGACGUUUUUCGGGGACAAUGGCCGCCGCGGGUGGAUCGUAGACAACAUGCUCCGCAAGUACCACGGCAGGGCAGAGUUCGAGGCCUGUCGCAACAAGUUCACACCGGAGUCCAAGAAGAAGGAUCCACGUCUGUAUGCGGCGCACUUCGUCUCAGAGAAGAAAAUACCAUUAUGGAAUAUAUCCGUUGAAGAGGCAGAAACCCUCAUGAAAGAGCCCAAGAGACUUCGGAUCGAUGCCCUCUACGACAUGCUCGAAAAGGCGAGAGCUGCCAAAAGUACCCCUAGCAAACGUGAUAAGAGUGGGAAAAUCACACGAACUGACAGCGACGUAUCUUUAAGCGAAAGCUUAUACGAUACACUGUUCUAUGAAGAUGAUGGCAGACAAGACGAUAACCGCUCCAAUAGAGCAAGGAAUAAGUCUUUAGAUGUCUCCGAAGUAGUCACAGCUUGCUUAGACAAUAUGGCGGCGAGAAGCGGCAUCAUACAAAUUCAGAGACAGUCACACAUGGACAGGUGGCUGCAAAAAGCAAAAUCUAAAACCCCAGAAAAAAUACAACCGAAAUUACAUAUUAAGAUAGAAAAAGAAAAGAGAAAGGAUAAAGCCAAAAAGAAGAAAGAAGGUAAAAGCACGCAUAAAACGAGGAAGAACGAAUCUCUUGGUUCUGAUACUAAUUUGCUCCCAUAUCAAAAUGAGCAUGAUUAUAGUAGUGUCAAUUAUGAAAAUCAUGACAUCAAUGACAGUUCUAAUAAAAAUACCGACUCGGCCAGUGGACUCGACAGCACAUUGGAUACUAGUACAACUGUUAGUGAUAUUGGAGUUACCGUAAAAAUAGAAAAUAUUUCUAGCAGUAUGGAAGACUGUAGCCAAGAAGAUAUCAUAACAUCUAUAGUGAAUGAUGACAUUGUUAUGACAGAUUCAGUCAAUAUUUGUAAAGAUGAAACAAGAAAUCAUGAAACAAACCUUAAAGACAGUAAUAAUAAAAUAGAAAAUAACAAUGAACACAUUCUAGACACCGGUAACAAAGAUAAUAAUGAACUUGUAGUGAUAAAAGAAGAACCUUCGUUCGAUACCUGUGAUUUAACAAAUUCUAUUCAGCCUAGGCGAAGUAAAAGAAAGAGACACACCUUUGAAGGCUUAAAUAAUAGCAUCACAGAAAACAAAGCUAAAGAGCCUAAGUUAGAUUUACAUAACCAUAAACCCAAUGAAGAAUCAACGACUCCCAAUAAUGUACCUAAAAUAAACAAUAACCAAGAAAGUAAAGAAGAUACUGAGAAGGACUCCGAAAUACCAGAAAUAGCUAGUAAUGAAUCAACCAUUGAAAAUUUAGACAAGGAAACAUCUCAAAACAUCAAGGUUGCACCAGCAGACUUAUUUCCUGAUCAGUCUAAUCAUCCAAUUGAACCUUUAAAUGGCUCUGAACAUAUAGCUCAAUGCGAAAGUUCAUAUCAAGAACCAGAGCCACAACGAAACAGUGAUGUCCUAACUGUUGAAAGUCAUAAAAAAGCACUCGCAGAAUUGGACAAAUGUGUUAAAGAAACUUGUUCGAUUACGAGCACCAAUGAUAGGGAUAUAUCCGCUAUCAGACGUUCUAGACGUUCAAAAGAAAAACGCGACGCCAUGAAGACUAAAACCGAUCUAAAAGAAAGCAACAAGGUUGAUACAACUGACAGUAUGGCUUUUGACAAUAUACCUAAAUCUGUGGUUGAAAAUGUACCACUUAAUUCAGAAAACACGGACACAGAGAGUAAUCUAGCAACCGAAACCAAAAUUGAAAAAGAAACAUCUCUAAACAGCAAAGAAUCGGAGAAAUGUGUUAAAGAAACUGUUUCGAUCACGACCACCAAUGGUAGAGAUAUAUCCACUAUCAGACGUUCUAGACGUUCAAAAGAAAAACAUGACGCCAAGAAAACAAAAAAAGAUAUAAAAGAAAACCACAAGAUUGAAUUAACUGACCGUACGGUUUUUGAUAAUAUACCGAAAUCUGUGAUUGACAAUGUACCGCUUGAUUCGGAAAACACGGACACUGCUUUUGAUAAUAUACCCGAAUCUGUGGUUGACAAUGUACCACUUGAUUCAGAAAACACGGACAAGGCUUUUGAUAAUAUCCCUAGAUCUGUGGUUGACAAUGUACCACUUAAUUCUGAAAACACGGACACGGCUUCUGAUAAUAUACCUAAAUUUGUGGUUGACAAUGUACCACUUAAUUCGGAAAACACGUACACAGAGAAUAAUCUACCAACCGAAACCAAAAUUGAAAAAGAAACAUCUCUAAACAGCAAUGCUGAAUCAACUGAGAUUAUUUCAUGUGUUAGUAGUACAUCCAAACCUGUGGUAGACAUAAAACCACAUAAUUCAGGAAACGCGGCAACAGUGAGUAAUGAAUCAACUACUAUAAAUUUCGAAAAAGAAACUUCUCAAAACAGGGUUGAAUCAAUGGAAAUAUGUGGUGACAAACCUAAAGAUGACAUUAAAGAUAAACCACUUAGUUCAGAAAAUACGGUAACAGAGAGUAAUGUGCCAAUUGUAAAAAAUAUUGAAGAAGAAACAUCUCAAAAUAAGAAACUUGAAUCGACAGAGCCUAUGCCGUGUUGUAGUAAAUCUAAACCCGUGGUUGUUAUCGAACCACUUAAUUUUGAAAGUACUAUAUUACAAAGUACUUAUUUAGAAGAAACUACCAAAAACAAGAGACCUGAAGCAAUAGACCUCAUGUUAUUCAAUAAUAAAUCUAGACCCGUCGUUGUAAUUGAACCACUUUAUUGUGAAAACGUAGUAACAGAAUGUAAUCCACCGCUCAUUGCAAACUUAGAAAAAGAAACAUCUAAAAAUAACGCACUUGAAUCAAUGGGGCUAAUGGCAUUUCACAGGAGUUCCAAACCCGUGGUUGUCAUUGAACCACUUGACAUGGAAGGUCUAGAAACACAAUUCAUAAUUAAAGGGUCAAAACCACUUAUUCGAAAUAGGUUGUUAGAUAGUUUAAAUAAAAAAGAAAACCUUGAAGACAAAUCAGAAGCAAGUGUAUUAUCAGAUUUGGUUCAGAAUGAUGUUAGUAAUGUUUUAAAAGACAUCAAGAACGCAACAGAAGUGAGCAACACAGUCAAUGUAGAGUUAGAAUACGUUAAACCAAAUACUGAUACAGAUACAUCAAGUCAGUAUACUGACAUGAAACCCAGGAAAACUGAAGAUAUUUCUAAAAACGGUCGUCAGGAGACUGAGGUGAGUUUUGAUGAUUCCGAGAAAGUGGAAGUUGAUGACUGUACUUCUUAUGCUGUUGAAAAGGAUCUCGCCGUUGCGACCAGCUCGAUUCCGCGUACUGAAUUAACGGAAACAGUUCUAGAUCCUUCCGCAUUAAUAGAAACCAAAAUAAUUGAAGUUCCUAAACAACCUUCAAUGAAGAAAGAUGAUGCCAUUGUUAAGAGUAAUGCUCAGACCAAUGUUGUUAUUGGAGAAGAGACAUAUAUAUUUGAUAGGACAUUAUCACAAGAUUACGCUGAUAUUGAUGGUGAUUGUUAUGAUGAAUAUAGUCACUUACCCCAGGUUAUUGUUAAUGAAGAAAUUGAAAAAGCCAUUUUAAUUCAAAAAAAUUUGAUUAGUAAUAAAGAAAUGUCAUCACAAGAGUCUGGUACAGAUAAAACAAACAAUAGUACUGAAAAAAUAUCAAGUUUAAGUAAUGAUAGUGGGCAUGAAAUUGUUAAAAACGAUUCACGGAUCCAAGGCAAUUGCAUUUUUCUAGAUAAAAGGAAUAUACAAAAUGAUUUCGAGACAGUAGAUGACCACGAAGUUCCUACAGGUGAUGUAAGUAGUAUGGUGAAAGAAGAGAAUAAUUCUAACGAAGUAACUCAAGACAAUAAUGACAAGUGUGUUUUUUUAGAUCAACGUUCAAAAACAGCAGAUGCACAAUCAGCUGACAAUAUAGAGAAAAAAAGAAAAUCUCCGCGACUCAGUUUAAAUAGAACCAGAAAUCGCCCGUUAAAAUUAAACAAAGUAUUCGAUCAUCUUAAACCAGCACCUGUUAUUUCGAAUGACAAUGAAAUGUUGAUUAGUAGUGAAAGAACAAAGAGUGACCCAGAAUUUGUUAAAUAUAUGGAGAUUCGCCAAGAUGCUCUAUUGGAUGAACAACCUGACUUGACUCAAGAUGAAAUUGUAACAUAUUUGUACAAAAAUUGGCUUUAUGAAGAGGAGAAAAAAUCAGAUAUGAAAAAGAUGGAUGACAAUGAACAGGCUAGUUUAGUUAAAGGUUUUCAAGAAUCACAACAGCCGAAGAAAAUGAAGAAGAAACCUAAAGUUGAGAAAGGAGUAGAGUUGAAAAGCGUAGACAUACGGAAGAUGUUGAACAAAGGGAAAACUAAAUCCUUUCCUGAUCAAUCGGAACUUUCUAGUGAACCUUUAAACAACACUGAACACAACAUAGCUUCCAGCGACGGAUCCUAUCAAGAACCAGAGCCACAUCGAAACAAUGUUUUACAAAGUGUUCAAAGUAACAAGAAUCCACCUACAGAACCGCAGAAAUAUAUUAAAGAAACAGGUUCAAUCACAUAUGAUAACGAUUUAUCCACUAUCAGACGUUCUAGACGAUCAAAAGAUAAGCAACACACCAAAAAGACAAUGAAUGAAUUAAAAGAAAAGGUGGAAGAUAAAUGUAUUAUAGCUUCGAUAAAUACUAUUAACAGUAAAGUGUCUACGACAAGUAAUAGACGUUUGCGUCUUUCAAAAGACAAACAAGAUAUCAGUCAGAUAGUAAAUACAGACCCAGAAAAAUGUUUCAUAGAAAAAACUGAAAUCAGUUCCAAUGACAUUGAAAUUCCAUUUACUAAUCGUCCAGAUCAGCCAAAACUAAAAGAAGAUUCCAAAAAGACAAUGGACGAUCCAGAGUUUAUGAAAUAUGUGGAAAUUCAUCAAGAUGGUUUAUUAGAUGAACAACCUGAUUUAACGCGGGAUGAACUUGUUACUUAUUUGUAUAAAAAUUGGCUUUACGAAAAUGAUAACAAAUCCAUAUUUAAGAAAAUUAAUAACAACCAACAUUUUAAUUUAGUAAAUGAUCGAGUACCGACGCCGCAAAAGCAAAAUAAUUCAGCCAGUCCUAACAACAGUAAAACUUCCAAUACUGAAAACAACGAACAUUCAAGUCAGGUUAAAGGAGAAUUAGAUAUCGUACAGACAUUAACCACUGACUCGGAAAAAAUUGUAUUAGAAGUGGCGUCAUCGAAUGACCGUGAAAUUCCAGUUAUAAAAGAAGAACUAGAUGCCAAAGAGAUAAUUAGAACAGAACCAGAAAUAUCCCCAAUAAAUUCUAACGACAGUGUAAUGAGUACUAAACCUACAUGUCGCACAAAAGAAAAACAAGACACGAAGAAGGCAAUGAAUGUGCCAGAAUUUAUAAAAUAUCUAGAAAUGCAUCAAGAUGCUUUACUAGAUGAACAACCUGAUCUUACGGAAAAUGAAAUUAUUCAUUAUUUGUAUCAAAAUUGGUUGUAUGAAGAAGGUAAUAAAACAGAAAGGAAGAAAAUGGACGAUAACGAGCAGUCCAAUUUAGUUAAAGGUUUAAAUAAUUUGCCAGUACCAGAGUUUAAGAAAAUCAAGAAGUCUAUGAGUGAAAAAGCGCCCGUAUCUAAAAAUUUAGAUAUAAGACAUAUGUUGCAUAAGGAAAUCUCAAAAUCAGCUCCGGGAGAUUCCGAAUUUUCAAUGGGCAAUAAUCUUCCUGAAAACGACAAAAUUCCUUGUGGAAAAAAUGAAAAUGGCACACACGAAUCGAAAGAUGUCCAAAAUAUCGACAAGCUAAAUAAUAUUGUUGAUUCGGAAACACUUGGCAGGGUAGAAACUAUUAGCCUUGAAGAAAAUAGAUCAGACAUUAAUUUUGAUAAAACUCUGAAGACUUUGAAAGAGGAAAGCUCUGAAAACUUGAAUAAUCCUAUAGAGGGAGCAGAAAAGUUUCAAGGACAUAUUUCUGGUCACCGAGAAAGCUUUAUGUCGGAUCAACAUAUUGCCGGCGCGGAAAAUAACAUCUCUGAAAAAUCUGAUGACAUUGAAGACGUGGAGUUUGGCCUAGAUCAACUUGAGUACAAAGAUAAUGAAGACUCGAAAGAAUCUACACACUGCAAAAUAAUCGAUGGUUUUAUUGAUUUGGAAGUAACUUUAAAAUCAAAGCCUAAUGAAGAAUUUGAUCCGGAAACUGCUUCUAUCAAAUCCGAAGACAGUGGAGUCUCUACUACAACACGUAAAGCACGUAAAGAAAAAGACACGGAGAAGUCAAUGGACGAUCCCGAAUUUUUAAAAUACUUGGAAGCUCGUCAAGACGCUCUGAUAGAUGAACAACCUGAUUUGACUCAAGAGGAAAUCGUAACGUAUUUGUAUCAAACUUGGUUUUACGAAGAAAGUACUAAGUCGGACAUGAAGAAGAGCGAUGAAACCGAACAGUCUAAUUUGGUGAAAGGUUUGAACCAGGAACCGCUGCCGCAACCAAAGAAAAUUAAGAAGAGACCUAAAGUUGAAAAAGAGACUGUGGAAAAGGUCAAAAGCACCGAAGUCAAGGACACCAAAGCCGAGAAAUCUGAAAAGGUUAUGAAAAACGCCGAUAUACGGGACAUGAUACAAAAACCAAAACGGAAGGCGACACAAUCGACACCGUACUAUAACGAAGAUGAUUCCGAUUUGGAGGAAGAAGAUUUAGAAACAUUUAAAAUAUUUGACAGAGACGAACCGUACGCAGAUGGCGAGGAAAUUGAUGAAGUAGAAUUGUAUUUCGAACAACUAACGAAACCGAAGCCUAAUGUUUUUAAAGGUUAUGUCAGAGAGCGAGUUUGCGAAAUCUGUUAUCGCGCAGGCAACUUAGUCAAAUGUAAAAGCUGCCAUGGAACGUAUCAUGUAGAAUGUGUACAAAAAAAAGAAACGGAAGUUACUGAAGUAGGACCUGCGGGAUCUGCGAGAGGCCGAAAGAGAAAGCGAGGCCGGAAGCCUAAAGGCUACGAUCCUUCAUUAGACAAUGGCAGCCAAAGCGACGAGCGAUCUCAAGAUGCCAAUAACUCUGAAGAAAUUAACAUAUCCAUUGAAGACGAAGCCGAAUCUCAUAUAGUAUUUGAUGAGGAUAGCUUCGAAACAUUAUGGGAGAACAAAAUGAAAGAACUGCAAACUGAUACUCAAGAUGAAUAUGCCAGCGAUCAGGAAGUUGAUUGGGAGGUCGAGCCGGGUCAUUGCGAAAUAGUCGAUUUAAAACAUAAAGAAAAACCUAUAGACUAUUCAGACUACAAAUGUAAUAAUUGCCUAAAAUAUGAAACUCCGGUAUGCUUCGUCUGUAAAUCCAACAAAUCGCCUAAAGCUUUAACAGAAGUGCGUCAGAAAUGCCAAGUAGCUCACUGCCAUAGAUACUACCACUUAGAAUGUUUAGAUCACUGGCCGCAAACACAAUUUAACUCGUGGGAGCCGUCGAAGACUAAUAAAAAACAAAUAGAAUACAUAGAAGCGUUGUCAUGCCCCAGACAUGUAUGCCAUACGUGUGUGUCGGAUGACCCAAGGGGGUGUAAGACGAGAUUUUGUGGUGAUAAGCUGGCGAGAUGCGUGCAGUGCCCCGCGACGUAUCAUUCGUACACGAAGUGCUUGCCGGCGGGAUCGCAGAUACUGACUGGGUCGCAGAUUAUAUGCCCAAGGCAUUAUGAGCAUAGACCGGGCAAGGUCCCGUGCCACGUGAACACGGGCUGGUGUUUCAUCUGCGCGCUCGGCGGCACGCUUAUAUGCUGCGAGUACUGCCCCACAUCCUUCCACGCUGAAUGCCUCAACAUCAAGCCGCCUGAAGGAAGCUACAUGUGUGAAGAUUGUGAAACGGGGCGUUUGCCUCUGUAUGGGGAGAUGGUGUGGGUCAAAUUGGGGCACUACCGAUGGUGGCCGGGCAUAGUCCUUCACCCUACAGAGAUCCCUGACAACAUUCUAGCAGUCAAACACUCGCCAGGGGAAUUUGUAGUGAGGUUCUUCGGACAGUAUGACCAUUACUGGGUCAACCGCGGCAGAGUGUUUCCUUUCCAAGAAGGUGAUUCCGGCAGAAUAUCGAGUCAGAAGUCCAAGAUAGACGCCGCCUUCACCACCGCCAUGGAACACGCGCAGCGGGCUUGCGAAAUAUUAAAAAAAAUGCAACCCAAUGAAGAAGAAGAUCUAGACAUCGCAUCCUCCCUACUACCACCGCACUAUGGCAAGCUGAAAGUCAACAAGCCGGUCGGCAACGUGGUGCGACGAGACGCUGAUGCUAACUCACUCACGCAGUGCGACUGCGAUCCGAACCAACCAGAUCCUUGUGGGCUUUACUCUCACUGUCUCAACAGGAUGUUGCUGACGGAGUGCGGUCCGCUGUGCCGCGCGGGCGAGCGCUGCCACAACCGCGCGUUCGAGCGGCGCGCCUACCCGCGCCUGCAGGCCUACCGCACGCCGCACCGCGGCUGGGGGCUCCGCACGCUGCAGGACAUCAAGCAGGGUCAAUUCGUGAUCGAGUAUGUCGGCGAGCUGAUCGACAUGGAGGAGUUCCGCAGGAGGAUGUGCCGGAAACACGAGAUCCGGGACGAAAACUUCUACUUCCUCACGCUAGACAAGGAGCGGAUGAUCGACGCGGGGCCUAAAGGCAACCUUGCCAGAUUCAUGAACCACUGCUGCGAGCCGAACUGCGAGACGCAGAAGUGGACGGUGCUCGGCGACGUGCGCGUUGGGCUGUUUGCGCUCUACGACAUACCCGCUAACAGCGAAGUGACUUUCAACUACAACUUGGAGUGUGCCGGUAUAGAGAAGAAGCGGUGUCUGUGCGGCGCCAAGCGGUGCUCUGGCUACAUUGGUGCUAAACCCAAACAGUUACAGGAGGACAAACCGAAACUUCCCAAGCGCACAUACAAAAAACGAAAACCGGUCGAGGAAAAGCCAAAGAUACCGAAAAUAAAAAUUAAACCCAUCAAGCCGCGCGAACUAACAGAGAUCGAAAAGGAUUUACUAAUAAUUAAAAAUGCCACCAACGGGAUGUCGAGUGAUUCCGAAGGGCAAUCGGUAAGAGAUAGUAGACUUAGUUUUGAGGAUAAAAAUCCUCAGGCGUUGAAAAGGAAAAGGGUCAGUUUUUCUACUGACGAGUUUGGUGCAAAAAAACCUAAGUUGGAAAGUGAAGUUGAUGCCGUUUAAUGUGAACC